GAUGCUUUGAAUCUUCCACAUAGGCCUUUUUUCCACUGCUCUACUCUGAUACCUGUUGUGGUUCUGACACUAAAGUUUAUUAUGCACCUUUUCCGGCUGAAAGACUCGUGGUGCUUUCUUCCCUGGAUGUUAUUUAUAUCUUGGACUUCUCACCAUGUUCGGGAUGGAAUUCGUCAUGGCUUAUGGAUUUGCCCUUUCGGAAAAACAUCUCCGCUGCCAUAUUGGCUCUAUGUGACAAUCACAGCAUCUUUACCUCACUUAUGUUCAUUCAUUAUGUAUUUAACAGGGACCAGAGAAAUGAUGUCUAUAAAACAUGGAAUUCAUAUCGAUGUCUAA